AUGCUACACUCAUUCAGGUCAUCACAAAGAGUGGCACCUGAACAUCAAUACAAGAAAUCACAUGAACAAACUCAUCAGCCUACUAAAUCAACAAGAAGAACUCCUGGUACAACAACAACAACACAAAAGAAGGGAACUUCCAUUCGGUGCUGUAUCAUUGUCCUGACGUGUGGUUUACUGUUUUUGAAUGUGUUUCUAUUGACUCUUACUUGUUUGGCAAGUUUUUCACCAAGUGUCCUCAAUCUAUCAACAAUGAUUAGAGAAGAACAAUUUACUUCAAUAUUGAAUUUUGCAAAUGAUACUUUAGUGGAAGUUUCAGUACUUAAUGAAGCCAUCAAACAACAAACCAUCACUGAUGAAUAUAUGUAUGAUAAGGAUAGUUUCAAUUACCUUGAACGUGUACUCUACUCUGGCUAUAAGCUUCAGUGGGGUCCUUACUUAGCAACCAUUAAUUCUUCAAUGAAUGGAAAUCAAUCAGAAAUCUACUAUUGUCUUGAUGUUCCUAAACAUAACACAUGUUUUAGGAAUUCCACACCGAAUGAAUAUUCAACACUCUUCGAUAUGAGUAUAUUGGUUUCAGUGUGUGAUUCUUUCCCAAAUCAACAAGUUUUUUCAUUGAGCUACACUGAUCCAAAUGUACCAGAAUAUACUUUCAUUACCUCAAUCAAUUGUGUUGUGAAUAGUGAAUACCCCUUACCCAAUGGACAUAAUUUCCAUUACUACAUUGCCAAUGAUUUAACAGUAACGACUAUUUCUAAUUUCUUAAGAGAGCAAACAAGUGAUAUUCAGAGAUCAACUGGAUUUAUUGUUGAAACCAAAACUGGAUUUUUAAUUGCUUUUUUUAGAUUGUGUACUAAUUCUCAAAUUGAUUGGACUAUAGUAUUGUCAGUUCCAUACUGGAAUUAUGUUGGUUCAAUGAUCAUUGCCAUUAUCUGUGCCUGUGUUGCCGGAUUUGUUACGAUUGUUAUUGGUAUCAUUGUGGGAGUUUAUUUUUCAAUUAGAGUAGCCAGACCAUUGUAUAAUCUUAUUGAACAAUUCGAAAGUGUUGCUAAAAUGGAUCUGGAACAAUUAAGUAUUAUUACUUCUGCAUUUUCAGAGGUGAAACAACUUCAAGGUCACUUUCUUAGUAUGGUCAACCGAAUUAAGCUGUAUAAGAGUUUCAUUCCUGCCCAUUUACUUUCAGAAAUUGAGAAUGGACAAGAGGAAGAGAAAGAAGAAACAGAAGAAGAUGAAGAACCAACACAUGAAGAUUAUUCUUUUAAAAAGAAAUCUUCAAAGAAACUACAAUCUUCCAAAUUAGGAGACACUUCCAGUCAAAACUCUCUAUCUAUGAACAGUAAGAAUUCAGAUAGUCAUAUGCGAAAGGUUUGUAAGAGCCAUAAGUUUUCACUGUACAUGGAGCAAAGAGUGAUCACUUGUGUUCAAUUGCUAGUUCAUGGAUUUUCAGAAUGUUUAAUUACAAUGAAUCCUUCAGAAUUGGUUCAUAUCAUGUCUGAUAUGUUUGAACAAGUGAAUAGCGUUAGUAGAAGUAUGGGAGGAUUUGUUGGUCAAUUUGAAAAUGAAACUAUUACAAUAUCAUUCAAUGCUGCCUCUUGUCAAUCAAAUCAUGAAGAAAAGGGAGCUAUAACUGCAGCCACUCUUCUUUCCAGACUUUCAAAUAUCAAAGUUUCAAAAUGGAAAACUCCAGAAUUGACCAAAAAGUAUGGAAAUUUAUUCGAUUGUGUGAGUUUUAGAUUUGCCAUUCAUACCCAAGAAGCAUUUUGUGGAAAUGUUGGAACAAAUGAAGCGAAAAACUUUACAAUCAUCUCGAGUGUUCGAUAUAAUUUGGAAAAGUUAAUGGCAUCUGCUCUUCGACUUGGCCUAUCCUUUGUAAUGAGUCAACCAACUAAGGAACGAUGUGAAAAAUCAUUCCAAAAUCGUUAUGUAGAUUCUGUGGAAUCAAUUGACCCGUCAUGCUUGAAUCCAAAUCUGAAUGAUGCUUUCAUGGAUGGAAUGGGAGGAACUCCCUAUCAAUCGUAUCAAGAUGAAGAAGAAUUGAAAAUCUAUGAAUUGGGACCUUCUCUCAAAGUUACUGAAGAUGAAUGGAUGUACGAAUUGCAAGAGAAAAUUAAGCUGACAAAAUGGAAUUCCUACAAUCAAGGAACCAAAUAUUACUUUGAUAAGGCCUACAGUGAUGCAAUGGAUUUAUUCAAUCAAUACUUGAUUACUGCUCCAAAUGAUUUACCAUCGAGGUGUUUAAUUCGUGAAUGUGAAAGAAAGCUUACUGAUAUGAAAGAUUAG